CCAGGGCCAUGGUGCCCGGGGGCCGUUAGCGCGGCUCGGCCCGGCCCGACCCGCUCUGCUCCGACCCGCCUGGGAGCUGCGGGGCCGGUACCGCCUCCACCGCCGCCUCCACCCACCCGGGCGCCCAGGCCCCGUCGCCGGCGCGGGAGAGGUGUCCAGACAGCGCAGCCUGCCCUCUGGGCACAAGGCCCCUGGUACAAUGCUUGCUGCUGGUCUCCUCCUUUGGGCUUCCCUGCUGACUGGGGCCUGGCCAGCUGCCCCCAUCCAGGACCACCUUCUGGCCACACCUCGGGUGCGGCUGUCAUUCAAAGAGCUCAAGGCCACAGGCACCGCCCAUUUCUUCAACUUCCUUCUUAACACGACCGAUUACCGCAUCUUGCUCAAAGACGAAGACCACGACCGCAUGUAUGUGGGCAGCAAGGACUAUGUGCUGUCCCUGGACCUGCACGACAUCAACCGUGAGCCCCUCAUUAUCCACUGGGCAGCCUCUCCACAGCGCAUCGAGGAGUGUGUGCUCUCUGGCAAAGAUGGCAACGGUGAGUGCGGGAACUUCGUCAGGCUCAUCCAGCCCUGGAACCGAACACACCUCUACGUGUGUGGGACCGGCGCCUACAACCCCAUGUGCACCUAUGUAAACCGCGGCCGCCGUGCACAGGCCUCACCCUGGACCCAGACGCAGGUGGUCAGAGGCCGCGGCAGCAGAGCCACGGAUGGUGCCCUCCGCCCGACGCCCACAGCCCCACGCCAGGAGUACAUCUUCUUCCUGGAGCCUGAGAGACUUGAGUCUGGGAAGGGCAAGUGUCCGUACGACCCCAAGCUGGACACAGCCUCGGCCCUCAUCAAUGAGGAGCUCUAUGCCGGCGUGUACAUUGACUUCAUGGGCACCGAUGCAGCCAUCUUCCGCACACUGGGCAAGCAGACGGCCAUGCGCACAGACCAGUAUAACUCACGGUGGCUCAAUGACCCUUCCUUCAUCCAUGCUGAGCUCAUCCCCGACAGCGCUGAACGCAAUGACGACAAACUCUACUUCUUCUUCCGGGAGCGGUCGGCAGAGGCGCCUCAGAACCCCGCUGUGUACGCCCGCAUCGGGCGCAUCUGCCUGAAUGACGAUGGUGGCCACUGCUGCCUGGUCAACAAGUGGAGCACGUUCCUGAAGGCCAGGCUGGUGUGUUCGGUACCUGGCGAGGAUGGCAUCGAGACCCACUUCGACGAGCUCCAGGACGUGUUUGUCCAGCAGACCCAGGAUGUGAGGAACCCGGUCAUCUACGCGGUCUUCACCUCCUCAGGCUCAGUGUUCCGGGGCUCCGCUGUGUGUGUCUACUCCAUGGCUGACAUCCGCAUGGUCUUCAACGGACCCUUUGCCCACAAAGAGGGCCCCAACUACCAGUGGAUGCCCUUCUCAGGGAAGAUGCCCUACCCACGGCCUGGCACGUGCCCCGGUGGGACCUUCACGCCGUCCAUGAAGUCCACCAAGGACUACCCCGACGAGGUGAUCAACUUCAUGCGAAGCCACCCCCUCAUGUACCAGGCCGUGUACCCCCUGCAGCGGCGGCCCCUGGUGGUCCGCACGGGGGCUCCCUACCGCCUCACUACCGUCGCCGUGGACCAGGUGGAUGCAGCCGACGGGCGCUAUGAGGUGCUUUUCCUGGGCACAGACCGCGGGACAGUGCAGAAGGUCAUCGUGCUGCCCAAGGAUGACCAGGAGAUGGAGGAACUUAUGUUGGAGGAGGUGGAAGUGUUCAAGGACCCAGCACCUGUGAAGACCAUGACCAUCUCUUCCAAGAGGCAACAACUGUACGUGGCCUCGGCAGUGGGGGUCACACACCUCAGCCUGCACCGAUGCCAGGCAUAUGGGGCUGCCUGUGCCGACUGCUGCCUCGCCCGGGACCCCUACUGUGCCUGGGAUGGCCAGUCUUGUUCACGAUACACGGCAUCCUCCAAGAGGCGGAGUCGCCGGCAGGACGUGCGGCAUGGGAACCCCAUCAGGCAGUGUCGCGGGUUCAACUCCAAUGCAAAUAAGAAUGCCGUGGAGGCCGUGCAGUAUGGUGUGGCAGGCAGCGCCGCCUUCCUUGAGUGCCAGCCCCGUUCUCCCCAAGCCACCGUGAAGUGGCUGUUUCAGCGAGAUGCCAGUGAUCGGCGCCGAGAGAUCCGCUCUGACGACCGCUUCCUGCGAACUGAGCAGGGCCUGCUGCUUCGUGCCCUGCAGCUUGGGGACCGAGGCCUCUACUCCUGCACAGCCACUGAGAACAACUUCAAACAUGUGGUCACACGCGUGCAGCUCCACGUCCUGGGCUGGGAAGCCGUUCAUGCCGCCCUCUUCCCACCUCCGCCGGCCGUGAGCGCCCCACCACCUUCAGGCGCGGGACCCCCCACACCACCCUACCAGGAGUUGGCCCAGUUGCUGGCCCAGCCAGAAGUGGGCCUCAUCCAUCAGUACUGCCAGGGCUACUGGCGCCAUGUGCCCCCUAGUCCCAGGGAGGCGCCCGGGGCCCCCAGGCCUCCUGAAUUCCAGGACCAGAAAAAGCCCCGGAACCGCCGCCACCACCCGCCGGACACUUAAGGGCCAGCCGAGCCCAUCCCUUUAAUAUAAAGAUAUAUAUAUAUAAAUAUAAAAAUAUCUAUAUUCUA